CUUCAGCAAUGUUAACAGUGGUGGGUGGGACAAGAGGCCUUUAACAAGGCAUGUCAAUUGUCAGAUGAAGUGAGUUCUUUUUUUGAAAAACAAUGGCCAGAUUUCCCACCCUUUCUAGACUAAUCAAAACUUCUUCUGCUAAAUCAUAUAUUAAUUUGAGCACUACUUUCGCCAAGAGAUUAUUCAAUCCUACAAGGGGCAAUGCAACGAUAGGUACAGUGUCUCGUAAUUUCACCAUCUUUUAUUACCUGAAAAAUAAAAGACUAGACGAAGCUCGUCGUGUUUUCAGUGAAAUUAGGACUCCAGAUGUUUCUUUAUACACAAUGAUGAUUGCGGGAUACUGCCAAACCAACAGAAUUGACGAGGCUCUUCAAAUGUUCUACAAAAUGCCAGUUCGUGACGAUGUUUCCUGGAAUUCAAUGAUGAAAGGAUGCAUAGAUUGUGGAUAUCUGGAAAUUGCUCGAAAACUUUUUGACGAAAUGCCGCAUAGAACUGUUGUAUCUUGGACCACCAUGAUAAGUGGUUUCUCAAAGUUCGGACAAAUCGAAAUGGCUGAGGAAUUUUUUAGUAAGAUGCCAUCGAAAGAUACAGCUGCGUGGAAUUCGAUGAUCUUUUGUUAUUGUAGUUAUGGUAGAGUUGAAGAUGCGUAUAACUUAUUCCGUAAAAUGCCUAGUAGAAAUGUGAUUUCUUGGACCACGAUGAUUAGUGGACUCGAUCAGACUGGCCAGACUGCUAAAGCUUUAGCUCUCUUUCAGGAGAUGCGGAAUUCUGGGAUAGAACCCACAACAAGCACCUUCUCCAUUGUCCUAACUGCCUGUGCAAAUAUAUUGGCUUUAGAUAGAGGAAUUCAGCUUCAUACCCAUAUACUGAAGCUGGGGUAUGUAUUGGAUCCUUUUAUCUCUUCUACUCUUAUAACAUUUUAUGCUAGGUGCAAGCAAAUUAAUAACUCUGUCAAGGUUUUCCAGGAAAAUUCGAAUACUAACGUGGUAAUUUGGACGGCUCUAGUAUCAGGCUAUGGGUUGAGUUUUGAUCAUGAACAGGCACUUGCAGUGUUCCGUGAUAUGAUAAAUGUUGGCGUUGUGCCCAAUCAGUGUACUUUCACUUGUGCUCUGAAUUCAUGUUCUGUUUUAGAGGCUCUCGAUGAAGGAAAAGUGAUUCACUCGAAAGCUAUGAAAAUUGGUUUGGGUCUUGAUGUGUUUGUGGCUAAUUCUCUUAUUGCCAUGUACUCUAAAUGCGGAAACAUAGAUGACGGUGUGAUCAUAUUCAACAAAAUGAGAGAGAGAAACCUUGUUUCCUGGAAUUCUAUUAUUGUUGGAUGUGCACAACAUGGACGUGCAGAAAUGGCCUUCCAGAUAUUCAACCAGAUGGAACAAGCGAACAUCCAACCUGAUGAAAUCACAUUUGUCGGCUUACUUACAGCUUGCAGUCAUUCUACAUUGUUAGAAAAAGGAAGGUUGUUCUUUGAAUUAUUGAAGAAUCAUCCUCGCAUUCAGUUGAAGCUUGAGCACUACGCCUGCAUGGUUGAUAUCUUAGGUCGAUCUGGAAAGUUGGAAGAGGCGGAGAAAUUCAUUAAAAAGAUGCCGAUUGAACCAAAUUCUUUGAUCUGGUUGACACUACUUAGUGCUUGCAAAGUACAUUCGAAUGCAGAAAUCGCCACAGGAGCUGCAGAGUGUGCUCUAAAUUUGGAACCGAAUUGCAGUGCACCAUAUAUCUUAUUGUCUAACUUAUAUUCUUCACUUAAUAAGUGGAAAGACGCUUCCCGAAUACGGAGAGUGAUGAAAGAAAAGGGAAUCAUCAAGCAACCAGGACGCAGUUGGGUUACACUGAGGGGAUCAAGGCAUGAGUUUCUUUCUGGAGAUAAUUCUCAUCCAUUGAUCAAGAAGAUACACCAAAAGCUUGAAUGGUUGAAUGGAAAAUUGAAGGAGUUGGGUUAUGUGCCUGAUCAAAGUUAUGCAUUGCAUGAUGUAGAGGAUGAACAGAAGGAAGUGAUGUUAUCUUAUCAUAGCGAAAGACUGGCUAUAGGAUUUUGCUUAAUUAGUACUGCAGAAGGAAGCACAUUAAGGGUAAUGAAGAAUCUUCGUGUGUGCGGGGAUUGCCAUUCUGUAAUCAAGCUCAUAUCGAAGAUAGUUAGUCGUGAGAUCAUCGUAAGAGACUCCUGCCGGUUCCAUCAUUUCAGAGAUGGAAAAUGUUCUUGUGGUGAUCACUGGUAGUAGUAGCUAUAUGACAACAUCUCCU